AUGCGCGACAUGAAAUUAUGUUGUGUUCCGCACUGUACGCACACGGGACCAAAUAAUCUUCACUGUUUACCUAUGAGCGGAUUGAAAUGGAAACAAUGGUUAAAAAUAUGUCCCUUUCUUUUGAAUUAUUCCUUACGGGAACUAGUGUAUAUGAGAAUAUGCGAAAAGCAUUUUAUACGCGAGCACAUUGAUUAUGAAAAAGGCAGAUUAAGAAGGGAUGCAAUCCCUUUAUUACAUUUAACACCCCAUAAACCAAACAACGAGGCAAAUAGUGUAGUAAUAAAACCUGUACAAGCCAAUGAGCCCGUCAUCUUUAAGGUAGUAUCCACUACGAGACAAACAGGAAACACCUUUAUUAAAUGUUCGUCUGUAGAAAAUACAAAAGGCAAACAGGAGGUGAAGUAUCUAGUUUGCCUCAAGGUUCAGGACACACAUGGUCUUCCGGUGGAUCACAACAUGUAUUGUUUGCCAUCCCAGGCAGACGAGAGACCGGCGUGUCUCUCUUCCCCGCGUGUCAUGUGUCUGACGCGUAACAAAGAGCUGUUGUCUAGCGACCGCGACCUAUGUGCGGAGCCUAAUCAGCACAAUGCCGAGUCUUUGUCACCAAAAGUGGAAUGCAAUAUGGAAACUGAGUCAGUUGCUGAAGAAACAGUGACUAUUUCUGAUGCUCAGCCAUGGAGGUUCAUUGUGGAAGAGGCCAAGCAGAGUGCUGCAUCCAGGGGUGCUGUGAGUGUUGCUUCACAGACAGUUGCAGGCACACAAUUGCCCUCCCAACUCGGUGAACAUAGUCUUGACUUUAUGUCUACAAAUACUAAGCACUCACUGAUUGAGGACCCGAAAACAGAACCUGUGGAAUUGCUAGAUUCUCAAUUGAUCACUCUGGAUAACUUUCAGGAUAAUGUGUUUGUUCUGCCAGAUAACAUAGUUGUUGAUAAGAGUACACAUUCAGACAGACAUAAGCAGUCUGCUGUUUAUGUGAGUCCAAAUGUUUUAAAUCUGUUGACAAGCAAGUCACCUCUUGAGAAAGAGACUAUAAAAUCGAUUAAUAUUAUGUUUUCAACUUUGAAAGAACAGAAUAAUGUGCCAUUUAAUCAUAAUAACCCCAAACUUAAUAUACAACCGUCAGUCAUGAAGCCCACUGCAAGUGGAGUACAGCCAGCUCAAAAAAGGACUCUGGAGACUUUAGUUGAAGAGUUGAGAGAGUCAAUCACAGCAGAGGAGACAUCAGAGUUACAAGCCUCCCCAGCCAUGGCAGCCAACUCGCCAGCCCGGCUGCUGAAUCCCAUGUCUGCUACUGCACCCUGCCCUCUAAUGCAGAACCUUCCAGCCAUUACACAACACCCUUUAACCUCUAAUAUCACGGAGAAAAGAUUUUGUCACACCAAAGAGAACAGUUCUGAAAAAGAACAAAUGUUAUACAGAGAGCUUAAAAAGUUAAAACGUCAGCUGAUACAAGCAGACAGAAAAAAUAAAUUAUUAAAAUCAAGAUUUAAAAAAUUGCAGGAGACAGCAAAACCAUAUCUCAAAAGAUAUAAACGAUUAACUCCCAAAGCAAAAGCAUUGAUAGACACACAACUGAGGCUAGCUGGCUUAAAAUCAAAAGGAGCCAGAUACACUGAAGAAGAGAAACUCUUUGCACUCAAGCUACAUCAAAUCAGUCCUGAUUGUUAUAAAUUUUUGCAACAAUAUUUAAUAUUACCUAAUAAGAAAACUAUGCAGUCUAUGCCAGAGUUUCCAAAGAUUGCCUGAAGAUACUCAUAUUUUAUUAUUAAUUACUUUGUACCAAAUAUUUGCUGAGUUGAGGUGUUACUAGUAUGGAUGGCAAAAUCUGCAUGCUUAUUGCAGUACUGUGACCCCCAGUCUGGAGAUUACUAUCACCUAUAUUUGGCUAGACCACUAUUGGCAAACAUACAGUUGCAGUAUAUCGUUAUUUCAGCAAUCACAUUAAUAAACAUUGUAGCAAUGUAUAAGUCAUUAUUAUUUUUAUGCUCAGGGGAUUGGCAUCUCUUGGAAUAACAAAGGCUUUAGAAUGGCUGUUCACAGCUUGUACUCUACAUUUGCAUGUAGAGGGCUGGAAUUGAUGAUUGGAGCAUCUCUACUAAAUAUCAACAAUGGUAAUAGCUUGUGUGACGGUUGCAAUCACUUCUGAUCAGGACCCUACUGUGGUACUUUGAUGUCUACAAUGUAUCAAUCACAAUUACCUCUGAUUUGUUAUGUGCUAGUGAUACUUGGUCACUAUUGGCUACAAUGCAUUGUUGCAACAAGAAUACCACAAAUUGAACUAAUCACAAAAAUAUUAUGAUAAUGAUUGAUGCAGCAUUUUCAGAAUCAACCAAGCUGACAGCACUUUUAUUAAAUUUUAUUUUACUGUUGCUGUGCAAAUAUGUUGCAUAAGAUCAGCAAAUUGGAACAAUAGAAUUUGUCUUCUAAUUAUAAAUACAACUCUAUUAUGAACUUUUUGUCAAGUCAAAGAAAAAAAAUUGAUCACUGAAAUCUGAAGUUAUAGAGUUGGGUUAUAGAUCAGUUUAUCAAAUUGGGUUUUUUUUGGGAACAUGAUGUCAGCACCGAAUGUUCAAUUGAUGUAAUGAUUUACAUGAUGAAGUUACUGCGAAUGGCCAAUUGCUUUGGGACUUUAAUAAUGACAUGACCUGCAAGCAAACAUUACAACAAGAUGGUGCUAUGUACAGUGGAAGUAGUUCCAGUGCAAAUCUAUGUGAUUCAUUUUUUUUUUUUUGUGCGAUAAAAAAAGCUUUUGUGUGAAUGAUUGCUCAUAACUUUUGUUUAUUUUAUUAUAUUACUUAUUUUUAAAUAAAACCUAGCAUGUUA